AUGGUCGUGCACGUUGUGUCGGAUGCAAGUGGCGACGAAGAUGAUGAAAAUCGCAAGCAACAGUCAUCUGAAAAUAUGGAACUGGAUCUGCAGGACAUUGCACAUUGUGAUCAUUUAUCUGUUGGUCAUUCAUCACCACCGACGUCCUCUGAAGAGUUGUCACAACAAUCUUCAUCAGCUGCAGAUGUUGUUGCUUUAACGUCAAGCAUACCAUCCGGAACACGAUCUGAGUCACCGACAACGUCCGGUUCUGUGACAAAAGAUAACGACCCUUCAACAGCUGCGAUAAACUCGAAACGACGAUCUGCACCAAUAUCGCUGUCGGGAAUGUCAUCGAUCGAGAUCAGCGAACGGAAACGUCAACAGAAUCGAAUUGCUGCUGCGAGGUAUCGACGCAAAAUUCGCGAUAAGUCCAAAAAUGACAGGGAAGAGGCCGAAUGGCUGCAACGAAAUAUUGAAGUGUUGAAGAAUCAAGCCAAAUCGCUGGAAGAUCAAAUUGGUAGAAUGCGAGAAAUUAUUUUUUGUAGUGUUACUGAUCGAAGUUAUUCCGGCGCUCCUCCGUCAAGUAGUGGGAAAAUCAGUUGUUAA